AAACAACUCCUUCGAAAAUGUGAUGCAUGGGAUGGUAACUGAAAUUUGAAAGUUUAUUUCGUGGAUCAGAGAUAUGGUUUUCGCGUAUUGCAACUGAAGACUAGUUGGAGCACGGCACAUACCUUGAAAAUGUCUUGGAGUUGGGCGCCAAGUAAUUUUAAUUAUCCUGUCCAAAGUAAUGCAGUAUAUUAUGGGGGAAGAGGCACUGCCCAACAACCUAGACAAUUUCCAAAUGUUCCCUUAAGUGAUCUGCUUGGGCUUCCAAUACCAGUGCAUACUAGAAAUCACAAUAAUAAUGUACAACAUAGAAACCGGCCCAGGCAAUAUUAUGAGCCAAGAGGGCAGUUCCAACCGAGGCAUUUCCCAGCACCUCACUAUAAUAGCCAUAGAAACAGGACACAAAACAGACCUCUUUUGAAUAAUCCAUACUUACAUGAGAAUAGGCACCCAAGAUUUACUCAGAACACUAGAAACCCAACAUCUAUAGGAAACCCUAGAAACCCAACAUCUGUAAGAGACCCUAGAAACCCAACAUCUGUAGGAAAUCCUACACAAGGAACAAACUCAAGAUGGGAGGAAGAAUGGCAGCGUGUGGAAAGCAUGAACUUAGUUAGAAGUGUUACUAUAAAGCAUGAUCCAUUUUAUGAUGUUCAAGAUACAAUAUUGCAGAACAUUAUUAUGAAAAAAAGUUCAGAGCAAAUGCAGAUGACUUUCAAAUUCAACCUAAGAUCAGACCAACUGGAAAACCUUCACAUUGAUGACACGUAUCAGGUGCAACUAAGAUUCUGCAAGCUUGAUACAAUGAGGGAGCAACCUGAUUACUUUCCCAAUUCUUUGCAAGUUGCUGUUAAUAGUGAUCUUCUCCAUAUAAAGGCUUUACAUGAUGUGCCAAAAGGUCCUGCAGAACCAAUAGACAUAACCAGUCUCUGCUAUUUAGCACAGCAGACUACAAAUGAAAUUCAUGUUCGGACAUUUGAAGAAUGCAAAAUGUACAUCUUCCUAGUGAAAAAACUCACUUCUAGUGAUUUAAUACAGAGGUUAAAAGAUACACCUCAUUCAGUACCAGCAAUCACUUCUGAGAAAAUUAAAGAAAAGUUGAGUCAAGAUACUUCCCUUGAAGAAAUUGCCCCAACCACUCUACAGUGCUCUUUGCUGUGUCCGCUCGGUAGAACCCGCUUAAAGCUCCCUUGCCGUGCCUGGACCUGCAAACAUCUCCAGUGUUUUGAUGCGGCUACGUAUAUUCAGAUGAAUGAACAAAAACCUAAAUGGUGUUGUCCAGUUUGUCGUGAAUCUGCCCAUUACAAGAACCUGCAUAUUGAUGGGUAUUUUCUCAAUGUCUUGGAGGAAAAUACCACAGAUGAUACAAUAGUGUUGCUUGCUGAUGGCUCCUGGAAGCCAAUGAAUCUAGCAGAUAAGGAAUUCGAGCAAGUAGAAAAAGAUCAGGAACAGAUUCAGCUUGGGGAAAACACACCUGUGACUGAGAAAACAAUUAAUAUAGAAAGUGAUGAUGAAGUCUGUGCUGAAGACAAUUCUUGUGAGGGUAAUGAAGAUUCUGUUGUGGCGAGUGCCUUGUCGUCAACUGUGGAAACAAUUACCCUGAGUGAUGAUGAACCGUCAGAUCCAGAGACUCCACAAAUAACAAGAACUAGUUUUAGAUUCUGUAGCACUCCAAUGUCUACCCAAAGAAGUGACAGAGAAUGUAAUAAUGAAAUUCAGUCUAGUGGCCCAAGAACCAGAAGCAGAACAUCUCGGUUACUUAACAACAGUGAAAUCAGUGAUAUAUCUUCUGCUUUUGAAGACACCACCUUUGAACAGUCAAGCAAUGCUUCAGAUGAUUCAUUCUUACCACUCUCUGUAUCUAAUCCUCAGCGGAUUUUUCCUGAACGAACUCGAAAGAGAAAGGCAAAGAAACAGACUGGUAGAAGAGCUUUGAAAAGACUGUUAAGAGAGAAGGAAGGCCAAUGGAAGUCACCAAUACUAACAAGACAGAAAUCACAACCAAAAAGGGGACAACAGGGUACAGUAAACAGAGCUGGGAAAUAGAACUGGUAUUCUUAGAUGUUUACAGAUUUUAUAUCCCCAAAACUACCUGUUCUAAAACCACUUGGAAAACAGCUUCAUAAGUACGAAAGGUGCUUCUAGGAGAAAAUUAAAACCCAAGAGAUAGAAAAGUUCUACAAGACAGGACCAGCGGUAUUUUUUUGUGUUGAGCUUGCAUUUUCAGCAUUAU